AUGGCGUGGCGGUGCUCAGGGAGCUCGAAUGCCGGGCUGGUGGCAAACAUGUGGACUCACGGCCUCAUCACCGAGCCUCUGGUCAAGGAGGCAUUUCUAAAGGUCGACCGGCGGCAUUACGCCCCUGGCAUGCCGUACCAAGACUCUCCCCAACCCAUCGGCUACGAGGCCACUAUUUCCGCUCCGCAUAUGCACGCCUCUGCUAUUGAGAAUGUCCUCUCUCGUCUUCUCCCGUCGGAGACAUCGCCAGCACCACGAGUUCUUGACAUUGGCUCCGGCUCAGGCUACCUUACCCACAUCUUUGCGGAGCUCGUAGGAGACCGCGGGCUCGUGGUAGGGCUGGAGCAUAUCUCGGAACUACGAGACCUAGGAGAAGCCAACAUGAAAAAAAGCCCAGAGGGGAAGAAGCUGCUAGAAGCGGGAAUCGCAAAGUUUGUGGUUGGCGACGGCCGAUUGGGCUGGGUUGAAGCGGCGAGAGCAGGCGAAGAGCAGCUUGGGACGGCGUGGGAUGUGAUUCACGUCGGUGCCGCUGCCAAAGAGGUGCAUUCUCCACUGUUGGAGCAGCUCAAGGCCCCAGGAUGUAUGUUUAUUCCUGUGGACGAUGACUCCACCGGGUGGGAUCAAAGCGUGUGGCGCAUCGAAAAGGACGAAGAGGGCAAGGUGACGAGGAAGAAGCUAUUUGGGGUGCGAUAUGUGCCGUUAACGGACCCCCCAAGGAGGUAA